CCCGCCCCCUCCCCCGGGCCCCCGCCGGAGUGCGGGGAGCCGCCUCGAGCCCUUUAAGGGCCGAGAGGUGCGCGGUCUCUUUAAGGCAGGUCCUGGUGGUUUCUGUUUUCCGAAGGAAGUGACGGGGGGUGGGAUUGAAUGAAAAGUGCAAAACAGAGUCUCGGAGCUCCGGAGUCGGGGCCGCGGCAGUCGCAGCGCUGGGCCGGUGGGCGGGCGCGGGGGCCCCGGGAGCGCCGCGUCCGCCUCGGAGCCGCCGGGGGGCGCGCGGCGGAGCGCAGCCCACGUGCGUCCGCGCCACGUCUCGGCCCCCCCGCGCCUGAGCCCCUCGGGGAGCCGCUGCCACGCGUCCCGAACUAGCCGGUAACUUCGCGCGAAGUUUGGCAGCGCUCCUCGCCGCACGCUCGCGGCCGGCCGGGCUCCCGGGGAUGCGCCCGCCCGGCCGCCGCGGGGUCCCCACGGCGCCCCCCGCGCCGCUGCUGCUGCUGUUGCCGCUGCUCGUGUCGCUGCUCGGGGCGGCGCGGGGCGUGGGCGCGGGGCCGGGCGCGCCUGCCGAGCUGCGGGUCCGCGUUAGGCUGCCCGAUGGCCAGGUCACCGAGGAGAGCCUGCAGGCGGACAGCGACGCCGACAGCAUCAGCCUCGAGCUGCGCAAGCCCGACGGCACCCUCGUCUCCUUCACCGCCGACUUCAAGAAGGAUGUAAAGAUCUUCCGAGCCCUGAUCCUGGGGGAGCUGGAGAAGGGGCAGAGUCAGUUCCAGGCACUUUGCUUUGUCACCCGGCUGCACCACAAUGAGAUCAUCCCCAGUGAGGCCAUGGCCAAGCUUCGACAGAAGAACCCACGGGCGGUGCGGCAGGCCGAGGAGGUGCGGGGCCUGGAGCACCUGCACAUGGACAUCGCCGUCAACUUCAGCCAGGGGGGCCUGCUGAGCCCCCACCUCCGCAACGUGUGCGCCGAGGCCGCAGAGAGCAUCUACACUCGCCAGGAGGACGUCCGGUUCUGGCUGGAGCAAGAUAUCAAGAUGAGUGGUGAUGUAGCAGACUCCACGGAUGCUCGCAGUGCCCUCGGCCAGGUGGAGACAGGAAAUGACCGAAAUGGCCUAGAUUUCAACAGGCAGAUUAAAACUGAGGACCUCGGCGACUCCCUGCAGCAGACCCUCUCGCAUCGGCCAUGCCACCUCAGUCAAGGAGCCACGAUGAUGCCUGGAAACCAAAUGUCCGGGGACAUGACCUCCCUCCAUCCGCUCCAGCAGCUCGUGCUCGUUCCUGGCCACCUACAGUCUGUAUCCCAGUUCCUGCUAUCUCAGACUCAAUCUGGGCAGCAAGGUCUGCAGCCAAAUCUUCUCCCCUUUCCACAGCAACAAAGCUCUCUCCUCCUCCCGCAGACUGGGCCUGGCCUGGCGUCCCAGGCAAUUGGGCGCCCAGGGUUGCCAGGAUCUUCUUUAGAACCUCAUCUGGAAGCGUCCCCACAUCUCCCAGUGCCCAAGCAUCUACCCAGCUCUGGAGGGGCUGAUGAGCCCAGUGAUCUGGAAGAGCUGGAGAAGUUUGCCAAGACCUUCAAGCAGAGGCGUAUUAAGCUGGGCUUCACUCAGGGAGAUGUGGGGUUGGCGAUGGGAAAGCUGUACGGCAAUGACUUCAGUCAGACCACCAUCUCGCGAUUUGAAGCCCUCAAUCUGAGUUUUAAGAACAUGUGCAAGCUCAAGCCGCUGCUGGAGAAGUGGUUGCAUGACGCAGAAACCUCUCCAUCAGAGCCCUCGAUGAACACCCCCAGCUCUUUCCCCAGCCUCAGUGAGGUGUUUGGUAGGAAGAGGAAGAAACGAACCAGCAUCGAGACCAACAUCCGCCUGACGCUGGAGAAGAGAUUUCAAGAUAACCCCAAACCCAGCUCAGAGGAGAUCUCCAUGAUUGCAGAGCAGCUGUCCAUGGAGAAGGAGGUGGUCAGAGUCUGGUUCUGCAACCGACGUCAGAAGGAGAAGAGGAUCAACUGCCCUGUGACCACACCCAUCAAAUCACCCAUCUACAACUCCCGCCUGGUCUCUCCCUCUGGAUCUCUGGGUCCCCUCUCUGUCCCUCCCGUCCACAGCACCAUGCCUGGAACAGUAACGUCAUCCUGUUCCCCUGGGAACAACAGCAGGCCUUCGUCUCCUGGCUCGGGACUCCAUGCCAACAGCCCCACUGCAUCUCAAAAUAACUCCAAAGCGGCAGUGAGCUCCUCCAGUUUUAACUCUUCGGGAUCUUGGUACCGAUGGAAUCAUCCCACCUACCUCCACUGAGACCAAAAAGUUUCUCGGAAUCCGCCUGGCCCUGUAUGCACCCCCAGAAGGAAGGGAAUCAUGCCCUCUCUGAAUGGACAGAUUACUGUCAGAAGAGUGGAAGAGAAUCCCCACUGCCAUCCCAAGCUCUUGGUUCUUCAGGUGUGAGGGCCUCCAGAGAUCCAAACUGUGACUAAACCAUGCGCUGGCUCCCAGUGCUCUUGAAACACAUUACCCCUCUCCCCGAGGUGUUCCCCGUUUUCACCUUCUUUCCCCGUGCUCCAACCCUCUAGCUCUAAAUAUUUCCCAUGGCUUCCCUGUGGCAGUCGUCUUUCCGAGCAAGGACACCUUGUCAUUAUUUUCCAACUCAUCCAUGGGCUUCUGGGGACAGCGGUUUGACUGGUGUACCAAACAACCAGAGGAAGAGAUUAUGGCUUGACUCCGAACUUGGCCACAAUCGCUGAACUGAUCUCUAAAUUCUGUGAAAAGAUUGGAAUCUGAUGUCUCCACCAAAUCCUGGAUGCUUUCUGUUGAGCAAACCUUUCCGACUGAAUCUUCAUUUCACUCCAGGUUUUUUGUAGCCCUGACCCCUUUUCUAGAACCGAAUCCACUCAUGAUGGCCUUCUCCAGGUUCCCUCCUUUUAACAGAAGGCCGAGCCACCCUCAGUCCCCUGGGCGUAUUUCUCUGCCCACAGGUGCUCUUCUGUGUGCUACACUUGCUCCAGAGUUCAGGAGUGUUACUCCUUCUCUCCUUCCUUGUCCUUAUCUGGCCCUCUCUCCCUUCCCCCGGCUGCAGGAGGAGGAACACAAAAGCAAACAUGUAACAAUUAUGUUGGCAGAUUCCCUGUAUAUAGCCCCUUCCUGUGUUUGCAGCUACCUUCCCUCCUUCAUGUGGAAUUUUCCAGCAAAAUGUUUAACUCAGGUGUGAAUUUUGAAGAUAUCUCUGUAAUAUUUUAUCUCCUUUUUAAAGAAAGAGAAGGAAAGGGAAAAAAAAUGCCAAAGUGUGAAAUACUGUGCUAGCUUCCACAAGAAGAGUUCCCACAUGAGCUGGGAAUGUUUGUUGACUUCUCGGGAACAUGAUCUCUAGUCCCCUUCUUUGUGGGCCAGUGUGUAGAGAAGCAACAUGAAGCCAUUCCAGCAAUGGUAACAUUUUUUUUAGGAAAAAAUAAAGAAAAGAAAAGAAAAAAGACUGUAUAUCCAAGAAAAUGUUGAGAUUCUAAGGAAUCUCUCUGUUCCUAAAUAAAUUUGUAUAGUUAUGAUAUAAAUGAUUCCACUAUUGAUAAGAAAAGGUUUA